GUUUCGUUUUCAGUGCGAUCGCAGACAUUGUGCAAAACGGUUCACAGUUCUCUCCUCGCGACUGGAAGUUAAGUGAUCGGUUUGCUGUAUUUGUGGGAGUGCACUGAAAGAAGUCGGAGAAAUCGUGUCAAACAAAUUGGAAUUAAAGCCUCCAGCAGAGUCUGCCAUUUUGAUCGCGUCGCAAGUGGCAAGUGAGCAAUUGAGGUAGCUUUAUCAAUUUCGGGCGUUUCUACGGAGGCUCGACUAAUAUUCACAGCCAAUCGAAACGAAGUUCGCAGCGAGGGUCGCAUCAUGGAUAGCGUCAAGUCGUUCUUCGCCGUUUCCAGCAAGGAUGGAAACCUGACCAACAACCAGCAGUCGAAUGUCCCGGGGUCCUCCUUCAGAAGCCGAUGGGGAAGGAGCUGGAGCACUAGCUCCCAGCACACGGAUCCCGAGCCAGGAUCCUCCAACUCCUCGGGCAGCAAGAGCGGAAAUCCCUGCGAUGUAAAGCGCAAGGAUAGUGAUAACUACUUCUACAUCAUGUGGCGCGCCUGAAGAUUUCCAGACGAUUGUGGAUCGGAGCAUCAGUCGAAUGAGUCGUGAUCCGUAUCUGAAUCGAAAUCUAAAUCUAAAGUGACCUGCAGCUACAUACAUCUGUAAUCCAUUAGGAACAUCGGAGCGCUAUCGGCAACAAAAGCCUUUUGCCUUGCUGCCCCAUCUCCAUUGGCCGAGUCCGGUGUUUAGUGAUACUAGUUAUUUAUUUACAAUUAUACACACAAGAUAUUAAUUUA